AUGGCGUAUCGAACGGCAACUCAUGCUUCUACGCAUUUUACCCCCGCGCGACUAAUGAUGGGACGAGAAAUUAGAACCCCAAUUGAUUUAGUUUAUGAACGACCCGAUCCGGAAGUUGUUGAAAGUUACUCUACCUACGUUCGAGAACUGCAAGAAAAUUUGCAAGUGACACAUGACUUCGCUCGAAAGUAUAUUGAACAAAGCUUUGAGUCGAUGAGAAAACGUUAUGACGUGGACAGUUCGGCAUGUAUAUUUAACGAAGGUGAUCAAGUUUGGUUGUAUAAUCCCCGCAAGAAGAAAGGAAGAAGCGUAAAGUUAAUGCGACCUUGGGAAGGACCGUACGUGGUCAUUAAACGGUUGAACGAUCUUGUUUAUAGAAUUCAGCGAGGCAGGAAUAGAAAACUAAAGGUGAUUCAUCGGAAUCGUUUGUGGGCGUAUCGCGGUGAUCAGUCAGAACUUUGGAAUUCGGAGGCGGACA